GAACUACAGAUCAUAGAAGGACACGUGGAGGAAUCUGGAAGCGAGUUAAUAAUCAUCUCUCAUGCUCUAGCUGGAGUGCGACCUAAACCCGAUCUACACCCGACAAGAAGAAGAAGAAGUGAAGAAUGGCGUCUUCUUCGUUCUCCGUCACGUCUCCGGCUGCUGCUUCCGUCACCCAAACGUCUUCACACUUACCUCUCCCAACCACACGCUCUCGUCUCUUCCCUCGCAGAGUUUCCUUCCAUCUCUCCGCCAAGCCUAAGCUCCGCUUUCUCUCCAAGCCUAGUCGUGGUAGCUACCCUGUGGUCAAAGCCCAAUCUAACAAGGUUGGUAGUGGUGCGUCAUCAAAUGCUUCAGCUCCUACAAAAACUGAUGAGCCAGAAUCAGAUGAAGGAAAGGAUAGAAACUCUUCUUCUUCGACUGAUUUAGCUACAGAAGAGUCUAUCUCUGAGUUCCUUACCCAAGUCACAACUCUUGUCAAGCUUGUGGAUUCGAGAGACAUUGUCGAGUUGCAGUUGAAACAACUCGACUGUGAACUUGUCAUUCGAAAGAAGGAAGCUUUGCCACAACCCGAGUCCCCCCCUGCGCAAUAUGUUAUGAUGCAGCAACCAAACCAAUCAUCUUAUGUGCAAUCAGUGGCUCCUCCUCCUCCUCCUUCUGCACCUGCUGCAUCACCUGCACCUUCUGCUCCAGCUUCUUUGCCUUCACCAUCUCCACCUGCUCCAGCUAAAUCAUCGCUUCCUACUGUUAAAAGCCCUAUGGCUGGCACAUUCUACCGUAGUCCUGGACCUGGUGAACCACCCUUUAUUAAGGUUGGAGAUAAAGUGCAGAAGGGGCAAGUUCUAUGCAUCGUUGAAGCCAUGAAAUUGAUGAAUGAAAUAGAGUCUGACCAAACGGGAACCGUAGUGGAUAUCGUUGCAGAAGAUGGCAAGCCUGUUAGCCUCGACACUCCUCUGUUUGUGGUUCAACCGUAGAAUCGGCACCAUGAGCAAGUGGAGAAAAGAGGCUACUUGUGUCCUGAGAUUACUUCUUGAGACUCUUGUCUCCUUUUCGUUGUUACCGUUAAAAGUGUGUUAGUUUUUUUUUUAGUUUGGUGAGUGAGUUGGUUAAAGAAGAUGAGAACUCUGUUUUAUUGACUGGUUCUGUUUUUUUUUUUUU